UGCCUCAUGGUCCUUUGUCAGGGGUAGAGAAGGAAUGUCCACACGCAUCGAUUUCAGGUGAAAAAAGGAAAAAGUGUAUUAGUUUUCAUAGGACAAGACUAAAGCCUCUCAACCCAUCUCUCCCCCACUAUUUGUUAGUUCAGCACCGUGUUGGAGGAAGUGAUCCCUGUCACCAUGGCAACAGAGAAGGGACUAAUGUCGGCAUGGGAGGUGACUUCACAUGACAAGUCGGGAUCACGUAACACUGAAACGUUUGAUUCUGUGUUAAUCUGCAGCGGGCACUACUCUGACCCCCACAUCCUAUCCAUCCCUGGGCUUGAGCGAUUUAAAGGCAAAGUGAUCUACAGUCACUUAUACCGCCACCCAGAGCCUAUCUCAGGUCAGUCGGUGGUGGUGCUGGGUGCUGGCACCUCAGGACUGGACAUCUCACUAGAACUGGGUUGAUCCAAUGCCCAGGUGACUCAGCCCCUGCCUUUCCCUCUGCCCUAUUGGGUCUGCCAGGCUACCCCUGUGGUGGAGGUCCAGGAGGGUGGGUCUCUGCAGUUCCAGGAUGGGUCCAUUACCCAGGCCCAGGUCCUGCUGUUCUGUACGGGCUACAACUUCAGCUACCCCUUCCUGGAGCCAGCCCAGCUGGGCCUGGUUCUCCCCUCUGCCCCCAGUCACACAGAGCCUGUAUGAGGAGGUAUGGAGGCAGAGACAUGUUCACCCACAGAACUACAGGCAGCUAAACGAUCGACUCAUCAGCGACACCCAGUGGGAGCAACAGGAACUGCAUGCUGGUGAAUGAGGAGGAGAGGCGGCCUGGUCUCAUAGACUAGAUGUAGCAUAGUAAAUGGGUAAAUUCAGAACAGUGACAUUAGUAUGAUAUGUAACGUUUGGUAUGGUUACGUAAGACAGAUGGUUACUUAAGGCAAAAAUAAAAGU